GGUUUCAAUAUUAAAUUCCAUGGACUUCUGGACCUUCAUUGUUCUUACAUUUGCCUCUGGAUUUUCAGUCAGCUUCAAAAGCCUCGCUAAAAAACCUUUUUUUUUUUAUUAUUUUUUAUUAUUAAAAAUUUUAUGGGCAACACAGGAUUACCUUUUUAUACUAGUGGUUUUGGUUCUUUUAGUAUAGAUGAUGAUACACUUACUAAUGUAACAGUAGUGUUUGAAUAUUUUCCUGUGGUUUCAAUAUUAAGUUGCAUAGACUAAUAGAUUGCUAAUGUCUCUGUUGCUCAUCUUUCUUAGUUUGUAUUGUAGCUAAAAUGGAUCUCACUACUUUUGUCUUGUCUGUAUAUCUUGUAGUAAUUGUUCCUCAAAGUUAUGUGAAUUUCAUUUCAGGAAAUGGAGAAUCUUGAAUUCUUGAACAGUGAUAUUCCCUCUAAUAUCCUAUGUCGUUUGCCUUCAAAGACUCUUCUUCGAUUUAAGUGCGUUUCUAAAGGUUGGUACAAGCUUAUAUCCGACCGGUCCUUCAUCCAGAGUCAAUUACAAAAGCAAAAGCCUACCGUAUCGGGAUUCAUAUUCCAAGGGAAGUAUCAGUGGUGCAAUGAAGACAUCAGAACAGUUAGCUACAUUCCUGUUGUUGAAUCACAAGUUGAAGGUGAAGGUGACAGUGAUGAAAAAGUGCAGCAAAAGGGGUUUGAUUUCCUUCCUGAGGAUGUAGUGAUGUUAGCAUCAUGCAAUGGGAUUGUAUGUUGCCGGAGUUGCUUUCCUGAUCAAGCUCAAGACCCUGUUGUCUAUGUGUGCAAUCCCUCAAAAAAGGAGUGGAUUAAAUUACAAUCAACUGCUGCACUUGACAAUCUUAGCACCAUAGGAUUGGCGUUUGACCCAACUCGGGAUCCCAUAGACAUUUCUACUAAAUUCAAACUGGUUAGAGUCAGGCAGUUGGAGACUGAGGAGGAGGACUUCUGCUAUACUUUUGAAGUAUAUUCAUUCCAAACUGGGGCAUGGACAAAAUCAAAUGAGAUCUGCCACUGCAAUAACAAUUUAGUCCAGAACAACAGUGUCUAUGUUGGAGGGAUUUUACAUUGGCGAACAGAUGGAGAUAAAGUGCUCACAUAUGAUGUAGAGAAGGAGCUAUCUUGGUUAAUUUCAGUACCAAUCCCCGCGAUGGAAUUUGAGACCAUCCCUCAGGCAUGCAUUGGAGAUUCUGAAGGGCGAAUGCAUUAUGCAAUGGUCUCUGAAAAAGGACUUCACAUAUGGUUCCUUGAAGAUUUUUUUGAAUCCAAAUGGACUCUCAAACACUCAAAAUCUCUGCAGGAAAUUGAAGAAGAGCAUCCGCGGUUUUACAAUCUGCAUCAAAGAGUGACGGAAGCAGUGACUUAUCAUAUGGAGCCAUGGAUGGUUCCAUUGGGGAUUAAAGACGGAUUGUUGUUACUUAGGGUGUCUACCAAGUUGUAUCUUUAUGAAAUUGAGACAUGCAGUGUGAAGCAAGCUUGUUCACUUUCUAAGUUGGGUCCACAUAUUAUGUUUUGUCCAGUGGUGCUACCCUACUCAAUGAGUUUGGUGCCAUUGAAUCCGCAUAGAGAGCUGCCACUCUAUUAGGAUUUAUAUAUAUAUUUUUGGGUUUUAAAAUGUAAAUCAGUCUCUAAGUUUGAUUUUAGUCUCUAAGAAUUCAAAAUUUGAAUUUAGUCUCUAAUGUUUGAUAGCAUUUUGAAUCUCACCUUUUAGUUCAUGUCCAUUAAUGAGAAGCCUUUUGUGGGUUCCAGUUAACUCA